AUGCAUAACCCCGCCACCGUCUUGAUGACGCUCACGGCGCUGGCUGCGUUGCCGGCUGCCCAGGCUGGCUUGUACACCAAGAACUCGCCUGUUCUUCAGCUCAACGCUGCCACGUAUGACAGGCUGAUUGCCCAGUCCAACUACACCUCCAUUGUCGAGUUUUAUGCUCCGUGGUGUGGUCACUGCAAGAACCUUCAGCCCGCCUAUGAAAAGGUCGCCAAGAGCCUCGAUGGCCUGGCCAAGGUUGCCGCUAUUGACUGCGACGAGGAGAAGAACAAGCAGUUCUGUUCCAUGCAGGGCGUCCAGGGCUUCCCUACUCUCAAGAUCGUUCGACCUGGCAAAAAGGCCGGCCGACCCGUUGUUGAGGACUACAACGGCGAGCGUACCGCCGCCGCCAUCAGCCAGGCUGUUGCCGCCAAGAUCAACAACUACGUCACUCGUGUCACGUCUACAGAGCUGGACGGCUUCCUGAAGGGAGACAAGCCCAAGGCCAUCCUGUACAGCAACAAGGGCACCACCACUCCCUUGCUCCGAAGCAUCGCCAUCGAUUUCCUCGAUGUCAUUUCCGUCGCACAGAUCCGAGACAAGGAGACAGCUGCCGUCAAGCGGUUCAACAUUGAAAAGUUUCCUACUCUGGUCCUCAUCCCCAGCGAGGGUCAGGAGCCUAUCGUCUAUGAUGGAGCCAUGGACAAGAAGGAGAUUGUCAAGUUCCUCUCCCAAGUUGGCGAGCCAAACCCAGACCCCGCUCCUGCUAAGAAGAAGGCCGAUACCCCCAAGGCCAAGGGAAAGGCUGAGAAGAAGGCCGAGAAGAAGGCCGAGAAGGCCGAGGAAAAGAAGGCUGUUAAAUCUGAGGCAAGCGCCGAGUCCGAGUCUUCCACCUCAACCGAGACCACUGCAGAGACUGCCAUUCCUUCCAUAAUUCCCAUCUCGAGCCUAUCUACAGAGGAUGAGCUCGCCAAGGAGUGUCUCGCGCGCAAGUCCCACACCUGCCUGCUCGUCUUUACUCCCUCCGAGGAGACCGAGAUUGGAAACAAGGCCGUUGGAUCCCUCUCCCACAUCAACACCAAAUACGUCCACGGCAAGCGACACCUCUUCCCCUUCUUCUCCAUCGCCAGCGACACCGAGGCUGCGUCCAAGGUGCCCAAGGCCCUCGAGCUUACCGGCGAGGUCAGCAUGGUCGCAAUCAACUCUCGCCGCGGUUGGUGGCGACUGUACGAGGGCGACUUUAGCCUCCAGAGCGUCGAGAACUGGAUCGAUACCAUCCGCAUGGGUGAGGGUACCAAGAAGAAGCUUCCUGCUGGUAUCGUAGUUGAGCCGGUUGAUGCCGAGAGCUCUGAGACUAAGGUCGCAGAGGAGCCCGUCAAGGAGGAAAAGGAGGAAAAGAUUGUCCACGAAGAGUUGUAA